AUGAAGGAACACGAAGAGACCCUCGACGAUAUCCAGCUGGCGCAGAUGGGCCACUCGCAGUCCUUCAAGCGUCGGUUCAGCCGGUGGACCAUGCUCGGACUUGCCUUCGCCAUCCUGAACUCGUGGGGUGCGCUCUCUGCCUCGUUGUCUCUGGCUCUGCCCUCCGGCGGUCCCGUUGGCAUCAUUUGGGGUCUGGUCACGGCCGGCAUCUGCAACCUUUCCCUCGCGGCCAGUCUCGCUGAGUUCCUCUCCGCCUACCCCACUGCAGGAGGCCAAUACCACUGGGUCGCCGUCAUCGCUCCCGAGCCCCUUCGGGUAGGACUAUCGUGGGUGACGGGAUGGAUCAACAUGUCCGGCUGGGUGGCCCUGGUCGCGACCAACAGCUCCUUGUCUAGCACCUUGGUCAUCAACAUCAUCAACCUCUACAACGAGAACUACGAGUUUCAGAGAUGGCAUCAGUUCCUCAUCUACCUAGGCAUCACCGCCUUCGCCUUCAUCGUUAACACCUUCCUCCACUCGAUCUUGCCGCGGUUCAACGGCUUCGCCCUGGCGUGGAGCAUCUCGGGCUUCUUCAUCAUCUCCAUCACCCUCCUCGCCUGCGCGGCGCCCAACUACGCGACGGGCGAGUAUGUCUUUGCCACCUUCAUCAACACCACCGGCUGGCCCGACGGCAUCGCCUGGCUGCUCGCCCUCCUGCAGGGCGGGCUCGGGCUGACCGGCUUCGACGCCGUGGCCCACAUGAUCGAGGAGAUCCCCAACGCGGCGGUCGAGGGCCCCAAGAUCAUGCUGUACUGCCAGUACGUCGGCAUCACCACGGGCAUCCUCUUCCUCGUCGUCGUGCUCUUCGUCUCGGGCGGCACCGCCAACGCCCAGACCAUCAUCAGCUCGUCCAACGGGCCUAUCCUUGAGAUAUUCUAUCUCGCGACCAAGAGCAGGGUCGGCGCCGUGUGCCUGCUCAUGUUCCCGCUGCUGUGCCUCGUCUUCGCGGGCACCGCCGUCAUGACCACCUCGUCGCGCAUGGUCUUUGCCUUUGCGCGCGACGGCGGCCUGCCCGCCUCGAGGGUGUGGUGGAAGGUGCACCCGAAGCUCGAGGUGCCCCUGAACGCCCUGUACUUGAACUCGCUGGUGGUGGUCAUCUUCGGGUGCAUCUACCUCGGCUCCACCGUCGCUUUCAACGCCAUCAUCGCCUCCUCGGUCACGGCCCUGGGCCUCAGCUACGGCAUCCCCGUGGCGCUGAACCUCUGGUCUGCGCGAAGCCGGCUGCCGGAGCGCGCCUUCAAGCUGCCCAACUGGCUCGGGUGGACGUGCAACAUCAUCGGCCUUGUCUACACCAUUGUCACGAGCGUUUUGUUUUUGUUCCCCCCUGCCCUGCCUGUCGAUGGCACGUCGAUGAACUACUGCGUCGUCGCGUUUGCCAUUAUCCUGACCAUCUCUACCAUCCAGUGGAUUGUCGACGGGAGGAAGAACUACAAGGGCCCUCGUGUCACUCUCGGGGAGGAGGUAUAUGGCGAGCACACCGAGCAUACCGAGGAGCACCCCACUGGACAUUGA